GAGUAGGCAAAAAAAUGGCUGAAGUUAUCUUGAAGAUAUUUUUGCAGGAGUGACAAAAUCAUGGUCUUUUCUUUUAGGGGUAGACCCCGUGGACGGUCAUUUGCUUUUCGCGGAAGACCUUUUAGGGGAAGAGGACGUGGCAGAGGUCAUUUUGUACCGGGUGGUGAUGGAGGGCAUCGAAUUCACGACGAACACAGUAGGCCAAGUUGGGGAAGGGGAGAUUCCAGGGGCAAGGGAUAUGAAUCCAGAGGUAGGGGUUACGACUCCAGGGGUAGGGGGUACGAAUCCAGGCCAAGGCCUCCAGUUCGUGAAACGCAUUACGAAAAGGGCCAGAGCUCUACACGAAGGGAAGAGCAAGAAGCGAGUCGCCGCCAUGAGCGGGAUCUGCGAGAUCAACUCGAAGACUACAACCGACCAUUCCGAGAUCGAUCAAGUUCUCCGCCAAGAAAACGACCACACGCCACUUCCACCGCCACUGACUCCGAUUCAGAAAUUAGAAAAAGAAAGCCAGAAGAACAUAAAAGAAAAAUGCAUUCCAGACAGUCACCAUCUCCACUACGAAUCACUGUUGGUAAUGAGAUAUUUUUUGAAGAACGUAUUACCAGGAAUAGAGAUUCCCCUUUAUCUGACAACUCGUCUGAAGAAUCCCAUGAGAGACUGACACCAUUAUGCAAACGUCUCGGACCUCCGGUUGAUGACGAUAAGGGUUAUGAAAAUGACGAUAGAAGAGAUCAUGACAGAAGAUACGAUUCUGAAUAUGGACAACGAGGCAGUAGCAGAGAUGGUGAUAGAUUUGACAGUCGGAGUGAUGUGUAUGAUAGAGGUGACAGCAGAAGAAACUCUGACCCACGGGACAAACGCCAUGAGAUGAAGCAGAGUGGCUCCUACUCCAAAUAUGAUGCGAGGGAAGACAGGAGCUCAAAGGAUAGGUUCAAUGAUCAUGCCAGCUUGAGGACUGGUCGUUCUGGUUCGUGGGAUAGAGACGGCAGUCGUGAAAGAGGAUGGCGAGGUGAUCAUGACAAACAUUACAAAAGUGAGAGACCACAUGUUGAUCAUGACAAAGAACACUACAGAGCAGGUCGAAGAAGUCCUGAGCGAGACUGGGAGAGAGGUAGUGACAGAGACCACCGAGAUCGGCUUGCAAGGAGGAGUUGUAGUCCUCCACAGGAAAAGGAAUCGCCAGUUGCAGCUAUCACCCAAAAGAUCAACUACUACCAUGGGAAAACACCCCUGUCGGAGACACGCGAUCCUUACUUGAAAUCUCCUCUUGUCUAUGUAAAUGCCGGACAGUCUGGAAGGUCAGACCUUAGAGAUUCUGAAAACUUGCCAGCAAACUCUUCACGACCACUGAAGUCUAUUCUUAAGAAGUCUGGAGCUGCUGAUGCUCCUACAGAUCAGAGGCAAGACCCAUUUGAUGUUGGUAGUCAGGGAAGCACACAUCCCCAAGCAGUGGAAAAUCCAGUUUUGCAUGGACUUGUUGCAUAUGAUAUGGAUGUGGAUGAUGAGGAGAGCUUUCUGUAUGGAGAGCAUGAAGAUGUGGGGAAGAAUUCAUCACAGCCGCUGUUUCCUGUUCUAGCCAAAAACCGCAGUUCUAAAAAAAGAUCUUCGGACAGAACUGUUACUCCUGAAACAAACUUGCCUUUCUGGGCAGCUGCUGCUCCUCCAGAUAGUGCUCUGUCGGCCAAGUUAUUUGCUCUGCAUGAAAAGAUUCACGGUCCAAUGCCAAGCAAGGAGAAUGAAUGGCGAAGGCAAAGUUCAGAAAGCGACACUGAUAAAGGGUUGCCACAGUCUGCUACUUCUGAUAAAUGUGAGGAAGGUAAGCAAGAUGAGGACCUUGACUCCACUGUCCAAAACAUCUUAAAAUCUAUUGGUUUUGAUUUUGAGUUGUCCAAACGAAUGCAAGAAUUGGCAAAACAAAAGAAAGAAAAGGAACAGAAGAAGCCAGGAGACCAGGCUGUGGGUAUUAAUAUUAACCAAACUGCUUCUUUUCUUGGUGUGGGUAUAUCGAGCGAUGUUACAAACAAUUUUUUUGACAAGAAUGCACACAUGCAGACCACUGCUGGUGUGGAACAUGCUGGAGAUGGCACCAGUGUAUCUGAGAUGAGGAAGAAGCCAAGAUCUCGCGAAAGUAUUGCUCAGGAAUUUCAGAAUCGAGAAUCUGAUCCCAGCAACUGGCAGUCAUCAAGAGAGAAUGUGGAAAGGCACUCUGUACAUGUACAAAGGCGACAAGCACAUUCUGCCACAGAGUCUGACGACUCUUCGAGUAAUGGAAGUUCAUCUGAAGAAUCUAGAUCAUCCUAUAAGAGACAGAUAUCGGUACGAAGCAGACGUCAGUCACAGAAAAAACAUGAUAGAUCGCCUGAGCGUGACCAGCGUCGACAUCGGAGUAAAUCUGCCGAUCAGGAACUCCCGUCUCCGUAUACUGAAGAGCUAUGGAAGACUUCAGCAGAAGAAUGGUCGGAACGAACAGUUGCUCAAGAAUGGCAACAGUAUCCACAGCAGCCAAUAACGACCCAGCCGUACUAUGAUCCACAUUCCGUUCCUCCAGAGUAUGCUCAUUACUAUGCGGCUGCUCAAGCACCUGGUGCCAUUCCUCCUUAUGGACCACCACCUGGUUAUCCACUUUAUCCAGAUCCUUCAAUGCCACCACCUAUGAUGUUCCCUCCCCAAGGUUAUUCAGGCUAUCCUGGUCCAUACAGUUACCCACCACCAUAUGUUUCUUCACCGUCUGAAACUUGUCAAGAAUAUCGUUCUCACCAUAAAGGUGAAUCUCAUGCAUCCAAUUUAACUGUAGUUCCAAUUUUAGAGAAAAGGAAAAAUGAUGUAGAUGAUGAUAAAAAGAAAGCAUUGAAAUCAAAAUCCUUGGAAAAGAAAAUGAAGAAAGAGAAGAGCGUUGCCCAUGAGUCUAAAUCCGAAUCUUCCAGAGGAGAGGGUGAAGUGGGAAGCAAGAAGAAAGAAACCGGUGAAUCAACACGAAUUGUAAUGCCACUGAAAUCGGACCAGAAGAGAAAGGAAUCCUCUGAUCGGAAGAAGACUGCAUUGAAGGAGCCUGCAAAGAAACAAGUGAAGAUGGAUCCAGAAUCGAAGAAGCAGCCCAAAGUGAUUCCAUCACACAAGCCAUUGUCGGCAAGGGACAGAGACCAACUUCGUAAAGAGUGUAAUGAAAGAAAGAAGAAGCUUGAGGGUCUGGAACGAGAGAUGGAGAAGUUGAGAAAACAGCAGAAUGAGAUCAUGAGGAGGCGGCGACGCCAGCGAGACGGGCACAAGGAUCCACUGCUUGCUCAGAACAGCAAGCUGCAGGACGAGAUCGCUGAGCAGAUCAAGAUUCUGAGGAAAGCUGCAGAUGAAUCAUCAGAUGUGCUGGAAAGUAUUAAAGAAGAAGGCUCAAGUUCGGACUUGAAGAAGGAUGACAGCACUUCUAAGAAAGGUUCCCGCAAGCCACCUGCAAAGGAGGAGUCCUCCAAGUCUGAGCUAAAGAAGAAGAAGAAAGUGAACUACCAGUAUUUUGAUCCAGGCCAUCACUGGUGCAGACCAUGUAACCAGAUGACUCUUAGUGUCUUUGAGUACUUAGCCCAUCUGCAGUCAAAGAAACAUCAACAGAAAAGUGAUCCAUUUGAGAGACCCUGGCUUGAGUCAACAUUAAAUGAUUUAGACAAAAAACCUGAGGAAGGGCCUUGUCAGGCUUGGCCUAUCAAAGGUGUUGAGUUUAUGAUGUCGGUAUCGGCUUUUUACUGUUCUAUGUGCAGUGAAUUUUCUGGUGAUGUCACUUGUGCUAAUGCUCACUUGAAAAGUGAUAAACAUAAUGAUAACUACAGAUCAUACAUGGAGAAAAACCCUUUUUAUGAGAAGCGAAUGGUUUUGGAAAGAACGGCAUACCUAUCACAAAAGAAGGAAGAUGAUGAAAAACAGAAAAAGCAAGAAAUUGUUUCGGAAGCAGUGGAAAAAAUAAAGCAAGAAACUGAAAAGAAGAAAGACUCAUCGACUGCAGAUGGUGGCUUUGGUAAAUUCAGUCAUAGGGAAGAGCAGAGGAAAAAAGCACUUGCUGAAAAUAAAGCCAAAGAGGCGGAAAAAAUAGAGGAAAAGAAAAAAGAAAUGAAAAAGAAAGAGGAAAUGAAAAAGAAAGAGGAAAAACCAAAUGAGGAAAAGAAAGACGAAGCACCACCAUCAGAUUCAGGUAAAAUUCCCAUCAAGCUGACUGGGAAGACUGGUAUAAAACCUCCACCUAAAAAGGUCCUUCCUCCUUGGACCCCAGUGACAAGAAAAAUUCCACAGAAGAAACCACGAGAAGAUGUCCCUCUGAGAAAACGUGUUAAGCCACAAGUUGAAGAACCACCGUCUCUCGAUACAUUCCUGACUGUUGGUCCUAGCAAUGAGGAGGGCAAACUGCCUGUGGUCAACGUGGCGGACGUGGAAACUAUUCCCCUUCCUCCUGCUCCCCCAAGUAUUGACAGAAAUCUUAUUGCUGAUGCAUUCAGUGGCCAUUUGCCCCCAGAAACCAUAACAAAAGAAGAAUCUGAUGAGCUUAAAUAUAUGGGCAUAGAAACGCCUGAGGAACAGGCUUUUAAGCCUAAGCCUCCACCACCACCCAGUCAAAAUAUGACUCUACCAUCAGAAAGGUUGGACAGUAUGGCUACAUCGUCAGCUGAAGCAAUGUAUAAUAUCUUUUACACAAAUGACAAACCUGUAUCGGCGGCUAAUGAAAAUAGAGAAAAGGAAGAAGUAGCAGUAAAAGAAACAUUGCCUAAAGAAUCAGACUCUACAGAUAAUGUUGGUCAGAAUGCUUCAGCUGAUGCAAGUACUAGUAAUAAGGAAAUGUCACCAAAAGUAAGUUCUGUUGAUGAUCAGAGUGCUGAUGAUUCAGUUACUCAUAGUAAAACUGAAAUAUCACCAGGGGUAAACCCUGAGGGUAAAUUGAGCUCUCCAGAUUCUGUUCAAAAUGCUCCAAUUGCUCCAAUUGCUGUUACAGUUCAACUUAAUGCAGCAGCAGUGGGGCAAAGUAAUGAGGAAAACGUCAUCCUAGAAGCUGGCAGUACUGUGGAAGAUGCUGUGAGCAGCAAUAACAAGCUGGCAUCAGCUGAAAGUGUUUCAGAAAAUUCUAACAUUCUGGCAUCAGCUGAAAGUGUUUCAGAAAAUUCUAACGAAAAUAAUAAUAAUUCUGUGGAGGAUGCUGUAGAAGGUGUUUGUGAAAGUCGGAGUGAAAAUUUCAUGUUGAUCACCUCACCUGCCCAAGAAUUCAGUCGGCCUGCAGUAUCUCAGGGCAGCACCGUGUCAUCAACCACUGUUUCCGAGACUGCUGCAAGUACAGCUAUAUCUUCAGUGGCAGAAAACAUCCCAUCCAUAGUACAGUCCUCCACAGAUGCUCAAACCAAUCAAAUUGAAAUCAUCACCAGUCCCUUUGCUGUGCAGGAACAAAGUCCUGUUAAUGCAAGUAACAGUGUUGGUCCUGUUUUGGAUGCUUCGGUUGCAACAGAAUCAGAAGCAUCUGGAUCAGUCGAUCAUGAGAAUCGGGAUGAUAACUAUCUGGCAUUCGAUGAACGCAGGGCUGACACUACCAGCGAUGGGAAGGGGUUGAUGGCUGCAGUGCUCAAUAUUCCUGAAGUCAUGAGGACUUCUGAAGCUGAAAAUACAAGAUUGGACACUGAUCUUGUUCCUAAUCCUCUUCCUGAUCUUGUAAUUGAUGACAAGAUAAAAGCUGACACAACUAGUAAUGGUCGGCAGUUCAGGAGUCAAACUGAGUCACUGGCUGAAAAUAUUAUAGUCUUAUCUGAUGAUGAAAGUAAUGAACAUUUUAUCCCAGGUGAUGGUGGCAAUGAAAGUAAAGCAGACACUACCAGCAAUGUGAAACUGUUUCACCCAUCAACUCAAGAGAAUGUUGCCACAUCAGAAGUUGAUGUUCAGGUUCUGACACCUGAAUUGGAGGGCAGUGUUGUGGUUGAUGCUGAUGUGGGAAGAAAUGCUGUCUCGACCAGUAACGUGUGUGUUGGGGUCAAUCCCGAACAUAUUACUUAUGUCUGUACAUCAGCUGGAGACAGUGAUCCAACAGAUCAAAGAAUAGAACUAGAAAAUGCAGUAGGAACAUCAAGCAGAAUUACAAGUAGAGAAAUAAUAUUAGACCCCAUUGAAAUAAGUUGUACUGAGGCAGUUGGUAUUUCAUUGGAAGCACAAGACACUGCUGAAGAAAAUGUACAUUUUCGCGAAGUAGAAUCAGUAAACUCUUGUCCAGAUGCCAAUGAUGAAUCGGCAAUAGACCAGACCCAGUCUGAUGUGGAGUCAGAUAUGGUGGCAGAUCCUGAAUCGAUGUAUGUGGCAGCAGACGAGGCAGCCUCCUCAGAUGUUCAGAGUUCUACGCAGACAUAUUUUGAAGAUCCAUUCAUUGGUUCUCAGACAGACUCCAACAAAGACAUGGAUGUUGAAAUGUCUAGUGCGAGCACUUGCACGUCCAGCACCAACAACUGGACAGAUGUUGUGAAUGAUGCCUUUGCUGCCAUCGCAACACUUGCCGAGAGUACAUCCGAAGUGUCCAUCUUUUCUCCCAGCACAUCGGAUAAUUUUGCGUUUGCUGCUGGCAGAUCACAAGAUUCUGCACUGGCCCAGAGUUCCACAGAGGUCCUCCUGUCGGAUCAGGCCAUGUCGGAAACCUUCAUUAACCCCGAGGCAAUUCAGAUGGAGGGCAUCCCUCUGUUUGAACCGGCAGAGGUGGUUCACAGCACAAGCCACUCUAAUAGAAACAUGGCGCAUAGUGAAAUAGAAACUGUCGGCACAACUAGUGAAACAUUCAGUUCAAACCUUGUUGUGGUAGACUCCACUGAGGUAGAUUCUGAUGAAUCUGCUGAGAAUCACCUAGUUCAAGGAACAGAAGCUGAUCCUGGUAUGGAUGUGUGUGAUUCAUUGAGUCAGUCCAGUGAAGCAAGCCUAAUCAAUAUGGGAAGUGAUUUCGAAGUUGUUGAUGAGUGUGAAUCCGAUUGAUCUUGAAGAAGAAUUUGUUUAAACCAGGACAGAAAAUGGCAGUUCCAGUUGGAAGUUUUCUGACAUUUUUUUGUUUUUUUUGUUUUCUUUUAAAAAGAGAGAAAAAACAAAACAGUUAUUUUUGUAUGUGUUCAAUACAUAACCAUGGUAAUGAUGUAUUGAAAGAAGAAAAGGAAGAUGUUCUUAUAUAUUUACCAGAUGUUGCAAUGACAAGAAAAAACAUCACAAUGGUGUGAUGCAUAACCAUGGUGAUGAUGUAUUGAGAGAGAAAAAGAGAAGAAAAAUGAGAACAAAUUUCAUAUAUAUUUGCAAGAUUUUGCCAUGACAAGAAAAUACAUCACAGUGGUGAGAUGCAUAACCAUGGUGGUGGUGUAUUGAAAAAAAAAGAGAAGAAAAAUGAGAAAGAUGUCCAUAUAUAUUUGCAAGAUUUUGCCAUGACAAGAAAAUACAUCACAAUGGUGAGAUGCAUAACCAUGGUGGUGGUGUAUUGAAAAAAAAGAAGAAAAAUGAGAAAGAUGUCCAUAUAUAUUUGCAAGAUUUUGCCAUGACAAGAAAAUACAUCACAAUGGUGAGAUGCAUAACCAUGGUGGUGGUGUAUUGAGGAAAAAAAUGCAGAAGAUUUUCAUAUAUAUUUGCAAAACAUCACCAUGGCAAGAAACUACAUCAUCUCGAGGUUGUGGUUUGCUAAUGAUCAAGGAGAGGAUUACAUUCAUUUGUAUUCUUAACGAUUCAUGUCGCAUAAAAUGUCUGCAUCUUUGUGAAUAUGUGUUUACUUUGUUGUAUAAAUUUCUAUAUUUUUCACAAUUGGAAGACUGCAUUAACAGUUUCAAGAUGUCAUGCACUUAAUGACUAAUCAUUGCUGUUGUGGUUUCAGUUCAAAACCGUUUACACAGUUUUUCCCAGUUGAUAGACUGACUGAAGAUAACUACACCAGUUGUUAUACUUGCAGAAAUAAUAGAAUUGAGUUGACUUUGUAUCUUUGAUCAGUUUGUUGUUGUAUCAGUUAAACAGACUAGUGCAUGACUUUGUUACCUUUGGUGAUUUGACUAAGAAAAGUUUUAAUUGUUAAGCUUUUUAAUUGGAUAAUAAAUCAUGCUUUGUA